CGGCAAAUAAACGGGACUCGGUGGGUAGCGGCUGCCUCCCUGAGGGGAGGCAGGGGCUAGUUGCUCGCGAGGCGGCGGGGCUGCGGGAGGCGGCUCCUCCUCAGGGGCGCCGAGCCGAGGCGUGUGUCCCGGGCCGGCGGAGGCGGCGCCGAACCCCGCGUGCACGAUGAGCGGCGGCGGCUCGGACGGGAACGAGGAGUUCUACCAGCAGCUGCGGCUCCAGCAGCUGUACGAGGCCCGCCGCAGCGGCGAGGGCGAGCCCGACCCCUUCACCUAUGUGGACCCGGCGGAUGGGACGGCCUACGAGUGGGACCGAGAAAAGAAGGCCUGGUUCCCUAAGGUGACUGAAGACUUCCUGGCAACAUAUCAUGCUAACUAUGGCUUCCCUACAGAUAGUUUAGACAGUUCCUCUGCUUCAAAGACUGAAAGUAAGUCAGCUGUGGAUUCUAGGACAGCAGGAGCACAGCAGUCAACAAACAAAAAAGCACCCCAACAAACAGAUUCUAAACAAAAAGGAGAAAAAAGAAAACUUGACGCAGGAUGGUUUCAUGUUGAAGAAGACAAAAACACAAAUGUGUAUGUGACGGGUUUGCCUCCAGACAUUACAAAGGAUGAGUUUAUACAGGUUAUGUCAAAGUGUGGUAUCAUUAUGCGAGAUCCUCAGACAGAAGAACAUAAAAUUAAACUUUAUAAAGACAAGCAAGGAAAUCUUAAAGGAGAUGGCCUCUGUUGUUAUCUCAAGCGAGAAUCAGUUGAGCUUGCAUUAAGACUUCUGGAUGAGGAUGAGAUUAGAGGCUACAAAUUGCAUGUUGAAGUAGCAAAGUUUCAACUAAAGGGGGAGUAUGAUGCAAGCAAAAAGAAGAAGAAAUGCAAAGACUACAAGAAGAGGCUCUCUCAACAACAAAAACAGUUGGAUUGGAGGCCUGAGAAGAAAGAUGCAACAGUUCGAAAGCGACAUGAGCGUGUUGUUAUCAUCAGGAACAUGUUCCACCCAAAGGAUUUUGAGGAAGAUCCUUUAGUACUGAAUGAGAUUAGGGAAGACCUACGGACAGAAUGUGAAAAGUUUGGAGAAGUAAAGAAGGUUCUCUUAUUUGAUCGACACCCAGAUGGUGUGGCCUCUGUUUCAUUUAAAGAACCAGAGGAAGCUGAUCUGUGCAUACAAGCUCUCCAUGGAAGGUGGUUUGGUGGUCGUCAGCUAAGUGCUGAAACAUGGGAUGGUACAACAGAUUAUCAGGUGGAAGAGACCUCAAGAGAAAGAGAGGAAAGGCUCAAGCUGUGGGGGUCGUUUUUAGGAGAUUCUGAUGCAGAGAAGCAGAAAAUUGCAGCUGCUUCAAAUUCUGCAGCUAGUAGUGUGAAACUGCCUGAAGAUCAGCCUUCAAAAGAUAAUGGCACAUCUAAAGGUGAUGUGAAUGAUGAAGCUCAUAAGAGAGAGGAUAAUGGUGAAGGCAUUAAUGAAGAUGGCACUCCAUCAACAGACAGCAGCCUUGCAGGCAGUGAUGAUGAAACAGAUACAUAACAUCUCUAAUAUUUUAUGAAAGCAUGCUUUUUAGGGUGAUGUUUGGAUUUCUCUUAUCCUGUGCUUCAGGGUGACUACAGACAGUGUUCAUGUGUUUAUAUGCAUAUUUGAUGUCAUCAGCUUGUGCUUUGAAAUUUUCAUUAAAAGCCGUAGUUAAUGAAGAUCUAAAAAAGUUCAUAUUAAUUGGCUAUUGUUCAAGCAAAAUAUCUCAAGUUGCCAAGAGCACAGCAGAACUGACCAGGCUUCUUAUGUCAUAUAUUUGCUUGUCAGUGUUUAAAUUAUAUAAAUGUGAAGUGUGUGUGAACUCCAGAGUUUGAACAAUUACACAGAAUCUAAAAACAUUUUAGUACUAUAUAAAGAUAUUAAAAUCGAUUUUAAUGUUUGCUUUAGUUUCCCUACACUUUUGGAACUUGGUAUCUUCCUAUUAAAGUAACUGGCUUGAGCACUUUCGACAGUUUUACAGAACAGUUGUUGCAGUAAGGCCCAAUACAUUCACCCUCUACAUGCGUUGCCAUAUUAGGCAUUUUCAAAUAGCAGAUCAUGGAGCAUGAAAUUGUCGGUCAGUCUACAAAACUGAAAAUUCUUGCCAUAGCCUACACGGAGCCACAGAUACAUGAGAAGAUACUUUAAAAUCAGAAUGUUCAGUAUAGAGGGGUCUCAUCUCCUUCUGGAAUCUUCCAUUGAUGUAAACAAGUUGUGAAUAUUUUGAGGAGAUUAGCACCCGUAAACACUUCAACACCAGAACACUAUGUAAAUAAAACUGACCUCUAAUCAUCAAUUUAAAUUCAGAUGGUAGAAUGAAGUAUUUCCAUAUGCUGAAAGCAUGUAAAAAUUAUACAUUGAACAUAUGGCUUUUUGGGGUUCUUUUGCCUUAAAUCUAAGAAAUGCUUUUUCUCUCUUUGGUAGGGUGGGGAGUCAAUAUGUACCCUAUUCUUUUUGAGAUGGAUGCUUUUGGUUUAGUUCACAGCCUGAGGGGCCCCUUCCACCAAAGACUUCAUAAAAUUUAAAAGAUUUUAACCUUUAAUCCCAAGGUUGUCACACACUGUAUGAAUAUCGGGGAAUAUGUUUUUCAAAAAUUAGCUCCCCUUUUAUAUUUAUAUUUUCUUGUUUUACUAGCCAUUAAAUUGACUUAAACAUUUUUGUUCAAUUAGGCAAAGAUUUUCAAAACAAUGCCUAAAGUUAGCCUUCUUAAUUAGAUGUGUAAAGUAGUCAGAAGUUCAAAAGUGACUUCAGUGGAUCAGCUUGGAUGCUGAGCAUUUUUGAAUAACAUUACUUUAGGCAGCCUGUUUAAAAAUGUUGGUUAAUAUUUGGAACUCGCUCUGGAUUUGUUCAUUUGAGGAUACCUUUUAAACUUCCAACUGGAAUUGUUGAUUCUUUUGAAAAAAAGUAGAUAGUGGGUUGUGAAAGAUUAUGGGUGUUAGUGCUCAUGUUUCCAACUUGAAGCACUCAAUUUUGAUAGAAGACCUUGGUUGUCUUUAAUUUGUACUGUACUUAUCUUUGAUUUUUUGAAUUUGUCUGAACAGCUACACUAGCUAGGUUUUUUUGGUAAUCACUGUGUUUAUGUAGGUUAUGGCAAUAAGUUUGUAUAAAAUAAUACUUGCCAUUGUGGUUGCAUCUUAUUUCCUUAUGAGCAACCUAGAUAAGAGAAUAGUAGUUAAGAUUAUCAGACUUGUAACCCCUGAUUGUAUUAAAUUGAUGGAUACUUUAAUUAUAAACUAGUGUGACAAUUUAAUUUUAAAUAAAACACCCUUUUGGGAUUUUUUAAAGUUGAUUAUGCCCUUGAGAGGAAACCAUUAAAUUCUCACUCUCUCAGUAGAUUCUUUUCCCAUCUUUGAGCACAUCAUGAAUUAUAAACCUUAGCAAAAUAAGUGCUUCUGAUUUGUGUAGGGAUUCUAUGUUGGUUAGCAUAUAAUUAUGGAUAGUGUCAAAUUCAAAUUAUCUCUAGCCCAUAUAGUUCUAAACAAAAUGUUUCCGCUGGUACAGUAUGUACUUAACCAUUGUCAUGAUUGCAAAAAUGUGAAUACUUGAAGCUUCUGUGUGCAACAUGCAGCUUAAUACCAUGGGCACUGUUCUCAGUGCUUCUCUAUUCUAGCUCCCAAACUCUAGGCUUUAGACCUGUCAUGCUAGCAUGCUUUGUUAGAUUUCUAGAGGUCCUAAUUAAUUAUAUAAAACAUUCUGGGCAGUUCAAUUUACCGAUUAAAAAAGGGGAAUUGAAAUUGCUGUAGAGAAUCCUUAAGAAAUGAAUAUUUUACAGUACUACAAUGCCUUAUCAGUUAGUGUCAAAUCAAAUAUAAUUUAGUAUUGACUAUUUAAAAGUAUGCUUAAAAACCCAUGUAAAACUAAGGAAUUGGUGUAUGUACAGAAACUUCCCUCUCAGUUGAUUUAAAAUUUGAUUGGCUUGCCCACCUACUGAAAUUAAAAUUUCCUUAUUUCAGACUGGAAACAAAGCAACAACAAAAACUAAAAAACAAAACAAAACUACUUUACUGGCAUUUUGAAAUAAUUUCUAAGAAUAUAAAAAUUAUUUUCAUGACACUGCCUGAAAUUCUGAACCAUUUGUUUCCGCUUCUAGCCAAACAACGGUCUACAAUGAGACAUUAACACUGAAGUUGGUACACCUCUCUUCACCUACUUUUUUUAUGCUUUGACAGUAAAGUAGGGAAAAUAUUUUUUUUAAAGCAGCAGCUUAUCCAUGAACUAUACAAGAAUUGUGAUGAUGUAUAGAAAACAGUGAGACAAAUGACUGUUUCUAGUUUCCAGUGGGGUGUUUAUGUAAAUAGUGGUUUUAAGUUAGAAUACUUUUCCCUUUUUAUUAUAUACAGUAAUUAUGAAAGUUUUCAUAAUUCAUUAGCUUAUGGGGGAAAUUACAGUUUGCCAUCUGGUUAUAGUGAAUCACGUGAUCACAAAACAUGAAUUUGAAGCACAUGAUUAUGAAUUCUAAUAUUACAGUACAAUAAGUUAGUGGACAGUGUGGAAUUCUUAACUCUGAUCUGCAAACGAGCAGAACUUGUGAAUAUAUUAUUGUUUAAUAAUUUUUUUAGACCUCGAGUAAGUGUUUUUAUGCCAAGUGACUAUGUAGUAAUAAACUGAAAUACAAUAUCUACCCCCAAAAUAGUUUUACAUGGGUACAGUCCAAAAGUAGCAGAAAAUUUGAGUUUUGUCACAUGGCCUGAGACGCACAAAAUUCUCACAUAACCAGCCCCAUUGAAGUAGACUGCUCUUGUGAGUACAGUUUUAUAGGAUUGAGUCCAUGAUCCUCUCAAUUCAGUAAAGAUGGCAAGAUCAGGAUUCAAUAUGGGUUUCAAGUUUUCCUUAUGUUUCAUUCCAAAGUGCUGUCAAUAUACUGCUUGCUUUCAGACCCUACCUUAAACCUUAGCUUUUGAAAGCCAUUUUCCUAAUCUGAUCUGUGCUGGUUCUGCCUGGAUACCUUUAUGAAGUUGUUACAGUUAGCAGAGAAAACAGGUCUUGUCAGAAGUGAACAUUUCAAGAAGUUAUCUCUUUCUCUCCCCCCUUUUUAAAAUAUAUUAUAGUCUUAUGAAAAGGCCAACUGUUUCUGGUCUCGCAGUAAAUUGAAAUGAUUUGUCAGUAAUCAAUGUAGCUCAAAUUCAAAGAGCUGCUUUCUGAAGAUCCUGCUUGUAGAUUUAGAUAGUGGCAAAGCACUGAGUGUAUUUAAAAGAAUUUAAAUACAAAGGGGGGAAUAUUAAAUAGUUUGCACUUAUAUAAAGUGUGGAUAAUAUUGCCAAGUUCUAAUCUAUUCAUUAUUUUGUAUUGAAGGGCCAAAUCAUACUGAUCUGUCAUUUUAUAAUUGAAUAAUAGUCUAGUGAUUCACAGAUGCUUAUGUGCAUAAGAGGUGGUAAAACUAAACCAAUUAAGUACUAUGCAAAGAUUAGACUGGAAAAGGGGAAAAAAGCCGCAAAGGAGCAGAUUUAAGUGUUUUUCACAUUUGCAUGUAUAUGUCUGAAGAGAGGAAGUGUAGGGAUAGUUUAGUUUCAUUUUGCAUCAAAAUGUUUGUUGCUCCUGCUGACUUUAACUUUUAAAAUACAGCUGGAUAUACUUAACUCUUAACUGAAUUUCAAUCCUUAAUAUGUUUUAUUUUGUACAGGGAUUGCAAUUUGCUUAAAAUCAUUAAUGUAUUAAAUGCAGUGCAUUUUGACCUAAAAACUUGUCCCAGAUUUUAUUCACAAGGCUAAACUAUUUAAUUUUUUUGAAUAUUUAGUCCCAGUUCACUGAAGUGUACAGGUAUUAGAUGCUUCAUAAAACUACACUGACCUUUGAAUACUACAGUGAACCAGUAUACACAUCUUAAACUCUAUAUUACAACCUGGCUAAAUUCUUUCUAAGACAUCACACUGCUUUAGAUUUUUCAUUGGACUCAGUUUUAUUUUUUUCUGAAUUUGAGAAAAUGUGCUGUAGUAUGACAAAUAAAUUAAAUUUUGUAUAUUAA